CCCAUCUGCUGACCUUUUUUGUGGCUACAUUUGGUGAGCUAUUAUCAAAGUACGGAGGAGAGUGGUUGUGGUGCUCAUAUGGUGCCAUGUCUGUCAUGGUUAUGUAAUGGCUCACAAGGCGUGUGAGACAGCGAGUGAUAUGAUCUGAGAGCUUGCUGCAGCCAAUCGGAUACCUCUCUUUUUCUCUCGCUGUCUGUGGGUAUGUGUUAGAAUCUGUUUAAUUUAUCUGCCCAAUUCUGGAAUGAAAAGUAAGUUCUUUUAAAAAUGCAAGACUAUCAAAAAGCAAAACAAAACUUCUAAACAUGGAUUUAAACUGAAAUUCAAGUUUUAGUGUGUGCAGAUAAAAACGGUGGCUUGUCAGUGAUUAUGAAGAAUUUAUUUUUACUUUCAUCUGUUGUUGCUGAUGCUGAGAAGGAAUCCUGGGGAAAUAUUUGUUCUACAAAAUAUAAAAGAAUAUUAAAUUAACAGUGUUGUUAAUGGAAUACAUUAGAGCACAUAGAAUUAAUAGAUUAGACAGUCUUUAAUUUCCAAGUAUUGCACUCAGUUUACUACUUUUCAAAUACACAAACCUAAUUAUUCAGGUCGUCAUGUGCCUCUGAAACUGUGCUUCAGAACAGCUUUAAGAAGUAGUGUUAGUUGGACAUCUUACAAAGACCAGCUACAGCCUGAGUGCAGUAGUCAUACUUUGUCUCAAGUGCUGUAUCUCUAUCAAAAGAAAUUUUCUUAUAUUCUGAAUAGGUUUAACCAACCUUAUAAAAUGGGUCUGCUUUUUAAUGGGUUGUGAACAAAGAGCAGUUUGAGAAAUGAGCUUAGAGUUCGAGUCAGUGUUGUCUUGACUUUUCUGAGUGAGAACUAGGUCAGCUUAUUUCAUCAAGUCAAUAAUGCAGUUCUAUUAUUGAUGAUAGUUUCCAUCACUAAAGCACACACUCGUCAUCUUCCUGUUUUCUCUGUGUGCCUUAGUGGAGCUAGGAAAAUGUGAUGGAUAUCCAUUUCUGAUAUUGCCUUAUUUUAGAAAGCUUCACUGAAGGAUAUUGAUUCUGGUGACAGAGAUUGUAGCACUGUUGAAUUACAAACUGUGAAGUGGCCUGUCUAUUGUACAAAACAUUUAAUGUCAUACGCAAAUUUUAUUUUCAGUCAUGUUUGCUUUGUGCAUGGAUGUUAAGGUUGGGAAAACGUGUUUUGUCUGUCAUUCUGUUGCUGUAUACUAUAGCUAUAUAUAAGGUUCAGUGGUCAGGUAUUUGGGGGGUAUUCAUUUGGUGAUGUGAAGACAAUGUGCGACAUGCCUUUUAACUGACAGCUUUGUUCAGAAUCUGCUGUAACAUUAUGUUCCCAUAGCUUCCACAGACCACUGACUAUGAAUGCACUGAAAUAUGAAUACGGAUUAUCAUACCACGACUCAAUCUUUAAGAAGUGAGUUAGAGAAGGUGGUGUUUUCUUCCAUCAUAUUUUCGACACAAACCCUGGUAGACAAGUGCAUUAGUCAGAUUUCCUCCGGUUGGGAUUCCAAAAUGUCCUGCAGAACCAUUUAAAGGUUUGGGAGUUCCCUAGUUUAUGUGAUUUGCGAGGCCACAGGAAAUAUCACGUUUGUCCUGUAGAUCUCCUGACUGAUAUGAUCAGCUGAUACAGUAAACUCCCUUUUAUAGUGGAAUUUCUUUUUCUUUGUUUGUUGUUUUUAAAAAAUGUUGGCAUAAAUCUUUUCUAAUACUGAAUAUAGGAAAAUGAGAGAGAUUUUUAUUUAUUAAUUUAAAAAAAUCUAGAUCUUAUUUAAGCCAGCCUUUCACAAGUUAGAAAAAUGCUGAGUUGGACACUGAGUUAACUGGUGGAAUAUUUGAAUAAUAGUUUAUCAUCCAUUCUGUCCACCUUAUCAAUUGUGGACGCAGAGGCCAAAGUUCAUGUGUGUGCUGAAGGCGUUUCCUUUCUCUGGCAAAGGCAAAACCCAUCCACUGUGUAGAAAUAGGCCAGGAGAGUGGGAACAAGACUGAAUUUGGUAUUUUUAUCUUCUAAAUCAGUCAGCUGUAUGAGACUGGAUAUUUCUUUUAGGAUUUUCUUUACGCUUCAGAUUAUUCAUUUGCCUUGGUCAAAAGAGCCACAUAAAUUGAAGACUGGAAGUGCAUCCGUUGUUUGUCUGCUAACUAAGCAGCUGAUUUGCUCAAAUUGACAUCUGCUGGUGUCAUUCCUCUGAGGACAGACCAUCUACUGAAAAUCUGUGUGAAGCUGUAUUUGGGACAUUGUCUCGAUAUCAGACAAACAUUGCUCUGUUGUUGUGGUGACACUCAAGCGAGACCUAGAUUGACAGGUCUCCUUCCAGAGUAACUUUUCAGAGCAGCCACCAAAAGGAACAUGUGCUAGAAGUUCAACAUCUGUCCUAAACAACUGGUCAGCUUUGACUCUAGAAGAUGAGCAAUGACGAUGAGUUCUUCGAUGCCGUCACAGGCCUGGAAUCGGACGAGUCGUGCGAGGGGCUGUCGGAGGCCAGUUUCAAAGAUGCACAAGGGAUUGGCAGCAGCAGCCAGAAGAACAAUGGAUCAGUCCCACAAGAAAAUGGCAUCAAGAAACACAGGACAUCUCUCCCUGCACCCAUGUUUUCCAGAAACAAUAUCAGUGUGUGGAGUAUCCUGAAAAAAUGUAUUGGACUGGAACUGUCCAAGAUCACGAUGCCCAUUGCCUUCAACGAGCCGCUGAGCUUCCUGCAGAGAAUCACGGAAUAUAUGGAACACACUUACCUCAUCAACAGAACCUCCUCAAUGUCCGACUCCAUAGAGCGCAUGCAGGCAGUAGCUGCUUUUGCUGUGUCAGCAGUUGCGUCGCAGUGGGACAGAACUGGAAAGCCCUUUAAUCCUUUGCUGGGAGAGACCUAUGAACUUAUCAGAGAGGACCAGGAUUUCCGAAUAGUGUCUGAGCAGGUAUCCCAUCAUCCUCCAGUGAGUGCAUUUCAUGCAGAGAGCCUGGCUGGGGAUUUCGUGUUCCACGGCUCCAUCUACCCUAAACUUAAAUUCUGGGGCAAGAGCGUUGAGGCAGAGCCUAAAGGGACUAUCACACUAGAGCUACUCAAGCACAGGGAGGCAUACACAUGGAGCAACCCUAACUGCUGUGUACACAAUGUCAUACUGGGAAAACUGUGGAUAGAACAGUAUGGCACAGUAGAAAUAGUCAACCACAGCACUGGAGACAAAUGUGUGUUGAAUUUCAAGCCCUGUGGGAUGUUUGGCAAAGAGCUACACAAAGUGGAGGGAUACAUCCAAGACAAGAGUAAAAAGAAGCUUGCUGUCAUCUAUGGGAAAUGGACUGAAUGCAUGUGGAGUGUCGACCCUCAGGCCUAUGAAGCACACAAGAAGUCUGAGAAGAAAGGAGACAACAAAAAGCAGAAAAAUGAUGAACUUGAGGGCGCUGAGAACGAUGACGCAGAUGACAUGCCCGAAGUCCAAGAGACUGUGUCUGUUGUACCAGGAAGCACUCUGUUAUGGAGGAUAGACUCUAGACCAGCACACUCUUCUGUGAUGUACAACUUCACAAACUUUGCGAUGUGUCUGAAUGAGCUGGAGCCCGGCAUGGAGGCCAUCCUGCCCCACACAGACUGUCGCUUCAGGCCUGACAUCAGAGCAAUGGAGAACAGCAACAUGGAUGAGGCCAGUAAAGAAAAGGAAAGACUGGAGGAGAAACAGAGAGCUGCCAGAAAAGAGAGAGCCAAGAGAGAUGAGGAGUGGUCUACUAGGUGGUUCCAGAUGGGCACCAAUCCAUACACAGGUUCCCAGGAUUGGAUCUACACUGGUGGAUACUUCAACAGGAACUACCAAGACUUGCCCGAUAUCUACUGAAAACCUACUUGCCUUUCUCCUCCUCCUCCACCAUAUCCAUAACCUCCCGUUACACCCUCCCCCCCCACCCACCCCCGGUCAUUAACUGGAGAUAAAAUGAUACAAAUCAUCAUCAAGGCACACCAACUCAGAUUGGAAAUGCAUACAAAGAAGCUGAACGUUGUUGACUGCCGAGUCUUCAGUAAAAGUGAUUGUUUUG